GUAUAACAGAUAUUUAUCUGCCCACUUAGAAGGCUGUCAAUAUGAAGACAUUAGUGUAUUAUUUUUUCGCGGCUGUUUGCACAUUAUGUGCAAAACACGCGGCCGCUGAACCAUCACCAACACCACACCACCAUUCACCAAGCGACCAUGAAUUUGAUUACCUGAGUCUCGGAGAAGAGUCUCUGGACACUAAAAUAGGCGAGGAUGAAUCUCACGAUAAUAUCAAAUGGAAAUAUCCCGAAGUGUUACAUGGGCGCCAUUCCUCGGCAAACGGGUAUGGCGUUGAUUAUGAAAAUCUAUACGAAGAUGAAGAAAGAAGUUACGGUUUUAAUGAAGACUAUGUUCCCGAUAGUCAGGAGAGUAGUGGAGAGGUACAAGUAUCGGAAGAUCUAAGAAAAGUAAUUGGGAUUAGAGGACAUAGAGAAAGCAGUGAUUUAUUACACGCGCUUACUGGCGAACGAAACGAAAUAGCAGCUGUUAAGUACAUCGGAGAUCUCAUUGGCACAAACGACCACGUGAAGAUCCAUGACUUUAUCCGGAGAUGCCGAGGGUCCAGGAGUUGGAAGUUCGUCAUUGACUUUUUGCUGCUCAUGGAAGCUAAGACCAACUUGAGUGUCGUCGUCGAGUUAUUAAGAGCGCUUACAGAUGAACAAGACGUGUUCAAAGCAUUCCAAUCACUCAAACCGUUGAUCGGUCACGAUGAUUUCGACGGCAUAUUUGAAAUUUUACAAAAGAUAUCCGGAGAACGAAAUUCUCACGGAGUAGCCGAUUACUUCAGCCAUGUGGGACAUGCAUCUGGAGUGGAGGGAGUGAAAGUGGAAGUGUCUAAGCUGACCGGCGGGAAGGGACACUCCGAGUUCCCGAAGGUGUUGAAAAUAUUUAUGUCUGAAGUCGAUAUGCGGGGGGCGUUUAAUGUGUUAAUAUCCGCUACUAGGACAGGAGACAUUGGCGAUGCUAUUUUGGAAUUCACGAAUAUAUUGAACGUUGAUUCUUUCGCGGAAGCUGUUUCAAUAAUAAGAAAAGUCACAAAACAAUCACAACUGAAGUACGCUCUCGAAGAAUUACUGCACACAGUACACAGGAGAAGUCUAAAGACUACGAUCAACGAUAUCUACAGGAUCUGUGGUGUUGACAACUUCGAAGACGCGAGCAAGAUUUUGGGGAAAAUUUUCGAAACAGACAAUAUAGUAUCAGCAGCUUUGAAGAUCAACAGAGUGUCUAAGAGGCUGGACCCUCUGUACUUCCUCUCAGGCCUCAUCGGCGUCACGCAGAGCGAUAACAUCAUCGAAGCUGACGCAGCGAUCAGGAAACUAACCAUCAGGCGAAUGCCGCUUCUGAAUAUCUUGGAGAGGAUACGCAUCGGUUCAAGACAAUCGAAUGUGCUAGAAUUCUUCAGAAGACUGAUAACAGCCACUGGGACCAAGAGUAUCCAACAAGCCUGGGAGGUAAUAACUCGCAUCACCUUCACGACUGACAUAUUCUUCUUCUUCGACAUGGUGGAGAAGUUUACAGAAGUGGACGCCCUGGUCUUCAUAGAGACUAUCUUGAAGAUCACCAGCACUAAUAAUAUUAAUGAGGCAUCAGCAUUGUUGAAUAAAGUAUGCAAUAAAGAGGGCAUUGUUCUAGGUCUGUUCGAGAUUCUAGAGGAGAUUUCAACUAUUAGCAAAAUGGAUGUUAUCAAGUUCUUCGAGUUGCUGAUUACUCUUAGCAAUCGAUACUAUUUCGAAGAAGCCCUUUUAAUAGUCGAAGAAUUCACGGAAACUACAAAUUUAAUUGAUGCGCUGGACGAUCUACGAAGAGCGACCGGGCAACCAGAUAUACCAAAAGCGAUCGAAUACAUAAAACAAAAUAAACCCAGUAUACCGAAAACUACAACCACCGAGCAACCAGAAGGGACCACACAAGGUCACCCGGAAGACUCGACAUACGACUAUAAUGAUUACCAGAUUUUUGAUACCAGCGGUAUGUCAAAAACUGACGAACAUAAGUCAGAAAUCGCUUAUUUAGAGUCAGACGAUUUAAGAGAUAAGCAGCAAUCAGAUAAAGCUUCCAACGAACACUCUGAACAACCAUUUGAACAACCAAAUACAUUACCAACAGUCAUUAUUGAGCAUCCAUUGCUCCCUGAAAAGCAACCGAUGUAUGAAAAACCAACUGUUAUAAUUGAGCGACCAGCAAAACCUGUUGAACUCGAAUCGGCAAACCAUGAUUGGACUGACGCAACAAAUCACGAAUCAAGUUCCGUCAAAUAUGACGAAGAUAAAACCCAAACUGACAAGCCAGAAUCAGUAACUGAUGUAAUUAAGAGUGAAAGUCAAGUAGUUAAUAAUGAGGAAAUUACUUUAUCUAGCAGUGAUUCGACCAACCCAAAAUCAACUUUAUUUACAAAUGCAAACUAUGAAGCAUAUACUACUAAAGAUCUUACUUCAAAUAAUGAAGUAACAACAAGUAUUGAUGAAUUAAUUGAAGCUACGACUAAUGAUUAUGUAUAUAGUAUAAUAACAUCGACUUCAGAAGAUAAUAUAGUUACAAAAGAUAUGUCUUCUACUGAAAAAUCUUUAAACGAGCAUGCUGCUACAGAAUUUGCAAGUACAGAAAAAUAUGAAGUAACCCUCGAAGAUAGCAAUACAGAACCAGCAACGAAAGAAGAUAAAAAUCAAGAAGAAACUUACAAAAUGUCCGAAGAUUCAACUGUAGCUAUAGAAUCUCCUUCAACUAACAAACAAAUAAUAUCAGAACAGAAUAAAUUUGAUUUGGAACAAAAUACAACUAAUGAAGAUUUUACUAAAGAUGUUACAUUAACCACAGAAGUUAUUAUUGAAAAAGCAUCUAGUGAAGGUUUAGCAAUUACUGGAGAGUAUUUGUCAACUGAAGGAUCAACUUAUUCUUCGCAACCCACGACGGAAGUAGCUGAAAUUGGCUAUGAAGAUACUACAGAAACGGGUACAUCUACUGAAAAUUCAAAGAUAACUCCUGAAGAACAAAUGGCAGGUACAGAAGGAGUAAAAACAGCUACAUACCAAGAUACUUCUAACACCGAAUCUACAACUAAUAAAAAUAUUAAAUCCAGUGAAAUAAUAUUAACAGAAAUGCAAUUGACUUCCGAAGAUAUUAAUAAUAAUGAUGCUUCAUUCUCUACUACUGAAAACUCUAAAUCUACUUAUGCAUCAGAUUCCUUCAAAUCAAAUUAUAAAAUAACUAAAGAUAGUAACAACGAGAAAGCAACUAUCGACAAUGCUACCGAAGAAACUAAAUCAAACAUUGAAGACAGUAUAAUUUAUAAAAACAUAUUAGCUUCCAAAGAAAAACAAUUAGUCGAAGAUAUUGAAAAUAAUAAAAAUGUCGAAACAAAAGCCUUUGAAGAAGCUAAAUUAAUCAAUGAAAUUGCAAUUAGAAAAGAUCUUACAUCUAUUAAAGAACAAGUGAUAUCUAAUUUGGAAAGUGCUAUUAAAGAAGAUAUAACUCCAUCAGAAACAUCAACUAUUCAUCAAGAUUUGUUUAACGAAGAAAUUUCAAGUGUAGCAACGACGGGACAUUAUUCAACCAAUAAACAAACUUCAACUGAGAAAUAUUUAUCAUCCACUGAAACAUCUACCUCCCAUGCUUCGUCUAUUUCCCAAUCAAGCAAUAUAGAAACAGUAACUUCUCAAAGUUACCACGAAGACGCCUCUAAUAAUGUAUUAAAUAUUAAAGAUUCAACUCCCGGAAAAGCUACAACAGAUUUUGAAAAAGAACCAACUAAUGAAGUAGAAAAAAUAUCUCAAGCUCUUUCAAGUUCUACUGAAUCAACUAACAAAGAUAGCUCACUCAUUGACGGAUUGUUAUCAACUACUGAAACUAAGUCCAAAUACACAUCUAGUUCCUCUAAACCAAGCAAAGAUAUAAAUAAAAAUAGUAUAGAUGAAACUACUAUAGAAAAAUCUUCAGAAUCUCAACAAUCAACUAUUUCAUCUAAUGACGGAACUAUACCGACUGUUCAAGAAGAUAAACACGCUCUUAAAGAAAAUCAAUCAGUAAGUGAUGCUAAAAUUACUGACGAUAAUGUAUUUAAUAAAGUAAAAUCAUUUUUUGAUGACGAAAUUUCUUCAACUAAAUCCUCUAACGAGUAUAAUAAAGUAACAUCUGCCACAGAUAAUUCAUUCACUCAAGAAUAUUCAACUGAAUCUGCAUUACCUAGCAAAAACGAAGAAUCUACUGUAAAUAACUUCGCAGUUACGGAAAAAGUCAAAUACGAAAAUAUUGAUAAAAUGCAUGAAAGCACAAGUACAGAAAAAUCUUCUAUAACGACUACACAAACUAUAGAAGAUAACUAUGCAACUUACGAAGCAACAAAGCCUGAAUAUAUUGUAACUCAUAAACCUGUAUUAGUAGAAGGAUCUUCAGGUUCUGAAGAUGUUACAUCACAAAAUAACUAUAAGCCAACUAACGAGGUAACAGUUAAACACGAAUUUGCAGUUGAGAAACACGAAACUACUACAGAAGAAGCUACAUUAACUUCGGAAAGUAGCGAAGGUAGUACCAACGAAUUUGAUGAUUCAGUAUUUGAAAGUCCUACAUUAAUUCAAGAUAGAACCGAGUUUGAAUCAGAAAUAACCACUGAAGAUUCUAAUGUAUUUGAUAUCAGUAAUAAAUCUAAUGAAGAAUACACAACCGAAGAUAGUACAGUCUUAACUUCUAAUAACGAUACUUGGAGUACUGAUGCUUCAAAAGCAACACUAAAUGAAGAUUUAUCUUCAAUUAGUGAAAAAUUCCAAGAAACUUCGCAAGAAAUUGUGGCAAAAGAAAAAUUUACCGAAGAAACUUCUGAAUCUGACGUUUCAAAAUUAUCUUCUCACAUCUCAUCAUCAGAGUUGAGUGUGUCAGAAUACCCAGCUGACGUCUCAGAAACAGAUACUAGUAUAGAAACACACGACGUAGAACAAGAAUCUAUUAGUACUGACCAACCGAUUAUCACUGAGCAACCGAAACUUGACACCCAAGUUGAUAAUUCAACUAAACAUGUAGAAUUACAUGAUACUAUUAAAAAUCUAUAUGAGGCAAAGGAACAAAUAGAUAAACAAAAACAAAUCACUGAAGAUAGUAAACUAGAUGAAUUAAUCACCAAGUCAGAUAUAAAGGAAACUGUUACAUAUGAACCUAAACAAACAGACUUCACAACAGAGAUGCUAUUUGAUACAUCAAACGUAACAAUAAAGGGUCAUGAAAAAUCAACUGGACAUCAACUUCAGAAAGAACAAUCUUCCACCAUUACUUCAGAAAGUCAAUCUGACGGAUAUAAGUCUGCAAUACAAGAACAAAACCAGCAGUAUGAAACUAUCAGCGAAAGUUAUGGCCAAAAACUAACUGAGCGCCAAUCUAAUACAUUUGAGUCUAAAACAAACUAUAGUUCUGAAACAACGUCAGAAAAUCAAAAAGAAUCAUUCCAGUCGCCAAAAUCAACUGUUGAAUAUGACAAUUCUGAGUCAAUUGUGUCAACUACAUUACAGUCAGAAGAUAAACCUGAGACAACAACACAAAAAGAAAGUCAACAUCAAUAUGAAUCAACUGAACAUCAACUAAAAAAAUCGCAAUCACCUCCAUUUAUCUCAGUUGUAAAAUCUGAUGCUUUAACAUCAGAAACAAAUAUUGAUCAUGAAUCUCGGGUAACUGAACAUCCGAAUAAAACGCAAUCGUCAGAAUCAGUAAUCGCGCCAAGUACUGAGUAUUAUCAAGCAAUAGAAACUGAUUCACAACAAACAUCAACGACAGAAAACCAAUUAGAAUCAGUGACGCCUGAAUUAGACCAAGACCAAUCAGUUAUACAACCUGUCACUGCACAAAGCUUUUCAAGUUCUGAAAAACAAUAUGAGUCUGUAACAUCAGGAUCAAAUGCGCAAUUUAAUGAAGAAUUUUUCACAUCUGAAACAUCAGAUACAACACAAAGUGCUUCAACUACGGAGAAUCACUAUGAUUCUGUAGCGUCAACAUCAGAAUCAAGUAAACAGGAAUACGAUGAGUCCUUCAUAUCUGAAAAAUCACAUACAACACAAAGUGGUUCGACUUAUGACAAUCAAUACGACACAGUUGCGUCAACUUCAGAAUCUAUGCAACACGACGAAUCCUUCACAUCUGACCAAGCUGAUACAACACAAAGCGACUCAACUACGUCUGAAAAUAUCUAUGAUUCUGUUGCGUCAAUAUCAGUAUCAAAUAACCAAGAAACUGAGAAUGUAUACGACACAAUUAUAUCUACAUCGGAAUCAAGUAAAAAGGGAGAUGAUGUAUCCAGCACAUUUGAACAAUCCGACACAACACAAAUUACUUCGACUACAGAGAAUCAAUAUGAUUCAAUUGCAUCAACUUCAGAACCAGAUGCACAAAAUUAUGACACAGCCUUUACGCCCGAACAAUCACAAAUAACACAAAGUGCUACUUCUAUGUCUGAACACGAUUAUGAUACUGUGACGUCAACAUCAGAAUUAAACACGAAAGAUGACGAAUCCUUUAAAUCUGACACAACACAAACUUCUAUAGCUACUGAGAAUCUACGUGAACUAGCUGUAUCUGAACAUGUCUACGAUUCGGUUGCGUCAACGUCAGAUUCCAACAUAAAAGGAUCCGACAAAUCUGAACAAUUGGAAACAACACAAAGCGCUUCGAUUAUAUCUGAUGAUAUCACGGAUUCGGUUACAUCAACAUCAGAAUCAAUUAAACAGGAAUACGUUGAACUCUUUACUUCUGAAAAAUCAGAAACACAAAGCAUUUCUACUGAGAAAUCUGAGUUAGUAAUAACACAAUCAUACCAAGAUGACUAUGAUAAAACACAGCAAAAAUCUGACGCUAUACAAAAACAUUCGAGUCAGUCAGAAAACCAAAGUGAAUCAAAUACUGAAGGAAAAUCAGAUACCAUACAAAACUGUGUGAUUACUGAGAAAUAUGAUGCUAGCCAAAAAACAGAUGCAUUGACUACUGGAAGUACAUCAGAAAAUGAAGUUAUAAACAAAGAAGAAUUCAUAACUAUAGACAAUCCUCUUCCUGAAUCAACAAUUGAUUCUCAGGAAUCAAGCGACAAAAAUAUAACGACCGAUACCAUUGAAAACUCUAUAGAAUCGUCGACCAAAUUUGAGACAGAAACAAACAACCAAAGUACAACAACCGAAAGUUCUACUGUAAAAUCGUCGACCGAAUCUAAUAGUUUAGAACAAACUACGGAUGAGAGUGCAAUAGUCGAAAGCUCCUCUGUUGAAUCAUCAACUAAAUCUAAAUCUCUAGAACUUAACGACCAAAUUGCAGUAACAACCGAAAGUUCUACUAUAGAAUCACUAACGGGGUCUAAUACUUCAGCACAAACAAUCGACACAGCCAUUAUAAGUGCCUCUAUGGAAUCAACUAAUUCCGAUUCUGUAAAACAUAUUAAUGAGCAAAAUUCAAUAGCAACCGAAAUUUCUACUGUUGAAUCAUCUACGAAAUUUGAGAACUUAGUAAAAACAAGCGACCAAACUACAGAGACCAGUCAUGGGUCUGAAAUCUCUACUAUAGAAGCUUUAUCAAAAUUCGAGUCUAUGAAACAUGUAAGUGAUUAUAGUUCAGCAACCGAAAGUACUUCUGUAAAAUUGUCGACCAAAACUGAUUUCUUAGAAACAAACGACCAAACUACAUCAGAAUUUGUGACAGAAAACUCCGACGUAGAAUUAUCGACCAAAUAUGAAAUUUUAGAACAGAGUAAUCCAAGUUCAGAGACGACCGGAAGCUCUUCUGUAGAAUCAUCAAUCAAAUAUGACAAGUUAGAACUGACGAGUGACCAAAGUACCGCAACAACUGAAAGUUCUAUUGUAGAAUCAACAACCAAAACGCAGACACAACAAACAAGCGACCAAAAUACAAGUAAUGCUGAAAGUUCCACUGUAGAAGCUUCAACGAAAUCAGAGACUCUAGAAUAUACAAGUGAGAAUACAGCAACCGCAAGUUCUACAAAAUUAGCAACUACAUCUCAAGAACAACAUACAAGCGACCAAAGUACCGCAACCGAAAAUCUUUUAGAAUCAUUGAACGAAUCUAAAACUUCAGGACAAAUUACGGAUGAGAGUACAAAAGUCGAAAACUCCCCAAUUGAAUCAUCAACUAACUCCCAAAAUCUAAAAUAUACGAGCGAGCAUAGUACUAUAGAAACAGAAAGUUCUACUGUAGAAUCAGCAACCAAAUCGAAUGACCAAACAAGCGACCAAAGUAUAAGCCGUGGCGAAAACUUUACUAUAGAAACUUCACCCGGAUCUAACAUUUCAGAACAAAACAUCGAUUCUACUUCAACCGAAUCAGUAACUGUAGAACAAAAGAGUGAUAUAACUGAAAAUAUACAAUCAUCGACCAAUUCUGCAAUUAAAAGCCACCAAAAUCCACGCCGUAUUGAAAGUUCCACUUUAGAAUCAUCAACCAAAUCUGAAGAACCUUACCCAACGGAAUCUGAAUUACUAUUUAGCGAUGAAACGCUUCCGCCACCGCCGCCAGGGUCGUACGUGUCGAGCAGUGACGUACAAACCAUAACAUCUAGUGGAGGGAAGUUGGCUCUUAACCAAGGGAAGAAAGAAAUAAUGAACGCGCUCGAAGCCGACAUGAAUCUGAAAGUGCUAAUAUUACCCAACGGUCCACAAGGGAACAAUUGUUUCUGCACUUGCGACAACAUCUCUCCGCCGAAGCUAAUCCCUUAUUCUGACCUACCGAAGAUCACUGAUGUCUAAUUAAUAAAUAUUGUUUGUGUGUG